GCUUCAGAAGCGUGGGCAGAGUGUGCACGGCAGGCAUGGGAACAUGAAUUAGAGACAGUUGAGAAAUGGAAGGAUGAGAUCAAUACUUCGCUUGUUUUUGCCGGCCUUUUUUCAUCAGCAUUGACUGCCUUCAAUGUGCAGUACUAUGUAUCUCUCCAGCCACAGGCGCCGGAUGCUACUACGCAGCUUCUAGCUAUGAUGUCGGAGCAGCUACGCAUUCUAGCAGCAGCGCAUGGACACACAGCUACAUCGCUUCCCAUUCCUGCUCCGACGCUCGACCUCACGCAGUCAAACAUAGGGGUAGCGGCCUCGGCUAUAUCCAUCAACGUACUCUGGUUCUCGGCCCUCGUCUUCAGUCUGAGUGCAGCUUCCAUCGCGCUAUAUGUGAAUCAGUGGCUUCAUCAUCAUAUCAAUCGCGCCGCAACGUUGUCUCGCCAGAGUUCUCGCAUAUGGUACUUUCGGCGCCAAGGACUUGUCGAGUGGUGGGUUCCCGAAAUCAUCGGAAUCCUUCCGGUACUUCUUCAGAUCUCCCUGGCGCUCUUCCUCGUCGGUCUUGUCGAGCUGUUAUGGACACUCAAUACCAUCGUCGCCGGGAUAGUGACGCCUUUGGUUGCCGUUUUGUUGAUUGUUUCCAUGGGCACAGUGUUCAUCCCCGCGUUCGCACCCAAUUGCCCGUACAAGACGCCGCAGGCAUGGUGGUUUUUCCUCGUCCUUCGAUGGUUCAAAACCCUUCUUCAUCCUUUUGCCACUCGACUUCGCCAUCGAUGCAGCGAGAUCCGCCUGCAUCAUCGAGGCAUUCGAAAACGGGUCGCAGGACCAGCAUGGGAUUUCCUCUCCGUUUGGUGCAAUGCGUUGGAGAACGCAUGGAAGUUUGUAGACUGGCGAGAUGUUGAUAGCUACACUGUACGCUCUCGCGUUGAAAACCCCGACGAGAAGCUAGCCAUGCUGGUCGAGGCGGACGCGGUCAUCAUGGACGAGUCUUUCCUCGAGCACGUUGUUCGGCCUUGUCUGCAGAGCACAGACCUCAAGGCAGCUAUUCCCGCUUUCUACAGCAUUUUGCAACGCAGAGCACAUUGGUCGGACAACUCCACGAGUCCCCCUUCCCUCGUGUGGUACUCCACCGAGGAAGACACUCAACCUCUAAUGAUCAUGGGGCACAUCACCCUCGAUAUGUUCACCAGGCUUGCACCAUGGAACUCGCACUACUCAUGCGUGUUACAGAUUCUCGACAGUCUCUUGUAUGCCAUGCCACGGGCACAGGCGGCGGUAUCA